AUGACCGCGUGCCCUCUUCCUAGCGCUCUGGAUCCCCUCAGCUCCUCCUCGCUGAACAAACUGCACGAAGCGGACCAACCGCCCUCGAAAAAGCGCAAGCGCGGGACAGACAAUGCUGCCGGCCAGCUUGCCACGUCUUCAAUCGUUAUUCGAGCCCAUGCUGCGUCGUUAUCAGAUGAACCGCUAGUCCUCGAUCCGAUUGUCGCCCUUCCUCGCUCUCACCUCCCGUUAUCAUGGCUGGAUGAUGCGGGCUGGUCGCGUUCGGACGCCCACGCUGGUGGUCUUUUUGCUGCGGAUAUCCCCACCCUGGAAACGGACUUGCGCACUUGUUCCGAGCCGACGGUUCUCGCUGUGCGAUUGACUGCGACUGGGGGACUGUAUGUGGUUGAGCGGGUCAAGCAGGGUAUUUACUCUCUCUCGAGGCUUGCGCGAUGGGUGAACGAGAGCUACGUCGUCGCUGCUCAGGAAUGGCAAGGACUGCGGGACGUAGACAUGAACGUGGAUGCCGGAGAGAAACCUUGCACCCCAUCGGAUGACGUGAACUGGUGGCAGACUGCCCAGAUUGAGGAGCCGGCUUCGGAUCUCGGUCUGGGGGAGGACCAUCCUGGGCUGCGGGUGGACAUUGUAUUUGGAUCCACAGAGUCAGAGAGUCAUCCAGAGCAUGUGCCUCCUCCAGUUGUCCUUGAGCACCGCAGUCAAUCUCUUGCGCCUGUUCCAUCAGGCGACUUGGUGGAUACAGAUCUUUCAUUCGGACCUUUGGACUCCCAGCUCAUAAAUGGUGGUAGGGAUGACAUAGAUGCGGAUGGCGCUGCCGGCGUUGAUGGUGCAGAUCCAAAACAAUCACCGGAGGAAUUGCUGGACGGAAUGAGAGAGCAUUAUUUGCAAGCUCUCUAUAUAUCAAAGACAUCAUUAGCAUAUUUCGCCAAAGGUCCUUUAACACGCUGUCGCACUGCAUUCCAGUGCUCUACCCCGGGAGGGCACCGAUCAGCAACUGAUCUCAUUGAAUUCUACCGUGAAGCUAUUCUUGCUGCGAAAAAGAUGGAUCUAAAAUAUCGGGAAACCCUUCCUGCCUCUGUUCGUGAGGCAAUCCUUGCACUCUCUGAUGAUGAGAAUGGUAUGAAGAUGAGAAAACGUAAGAGCAAGAAGAAGACUUUGGGCAAAAAUGGUCUCUACGCUGAAGAAGACGUAUUUAUCUGCAAGUGGUGGAAAGAACGUACCAUGACGGAAUCGGCAGUACAAGAGACCUCUCGUGAGGCGGAGACUAAGAAACACAUAUCUGACCUCCGGCUACGCGAGACACAACUGCAAAUUCUGUUGAUUCUGGAAGUGAUGGCUUUGGAAUCGACUGUGACUGGUGAAAAGACCGACCCUGGUAACGACAAGGCGGGCACCGGGGAGACAGAAGCACUCAAGAAGCCCAGAAUCAAAAAACCCCAAGACCUCACAGUAUUGCUGGAAUUGCAUCUUGAUCGCCUGUGCAUUUGGCAUGCUGUCACCAUGGAGGAGUCGACUGUUGAGACCGAUGCAAUGCGUGACUUCUGCACUGAAGUCAUUAUUCCAUUCUAUGCCUCGCGACUUCGGGACAAGUGCAAGCUGAUUAGCCGCAAAUUCGGCGUGUCUGGUGGCAUCUCACCUACCACCAAGAAGACGCAGUCUUCACGCAAGUCGCACCGCACCGAGCCUGGUUCUGAAGUCAAACGCCAGCCUCCAGAGCAGAGGACCCGACGAUCAUUGCAUCGUGUAUUGACAGACGAAAAGGCCAGCGCAUCCCAGGGCCGCGUACCAUUACUCCAGCGAUCUAUAACCGCUCCAUCAGGACGACCAGAUUCGUUAGAACCUAUGCUCCCCACAGUUGUGAGAGGCAGUGUACGCGGUGGAAUCCCUGUCCAACGAGUGGAAAAACGCGAGGUUGAUCUGACUGCUAUCGCGAGGCAGCACGAAAACAAGCUGCGCAAAGUGCAGGCGCUUUCAGAGCAGAAAAAAGAACUUGACGCGGCUAUCACUGCCUUGCGAAAGCCCAAUCGAGAAAUGGUGGCCAAGGAUAUCGCCGAUGAUGCGGCCAAGCGGAUGACUACUGGCGGCGGCAGUUCACGGAAGCCCAAGAAUCCCGUCCGCAAUCCAUUUGGCGAAGGUGUGCAGGUAAUGGCUACUCCUCGAGGAAACCGCAAGAAGGAUGUGGUUAUCGGGCUGCCGCCACUGCCUCGUAGUCUCGCUCCCUCCCGAUCAUUUUCAGGCGAGACCGAGGACCACUCCCUGGCCGAAUCCCCCCUCAUGAUUCCUUCCUCCACCCGGCGGGCUAUAUCAUUUGCUGGGCCCGAUUCCACACCCUUUAGCUCUCAGCGUGGUUCGAAGAAACGAGCGCACGAGCCACAGACACAGCCGGUGGAACUUGGCUCGAUCCAAGAAACACCAACCCGACCUUCAUCGAAGCUUUUCCCCGAUAGUCGAAGCACAGACUUGGCGCAUCGACCGUCGUUUUCUUCCAGCCAAGGCAAGGGCCUUUUCCGUGUACCUACGCUCCCACCCUCUCGACCUACUACCGACCCUACCUCCCUCCCAGCGGGACCCACUACACCAGUGUCAUCCCGGCACAAGCCAAUUCCAGCCCUUGGCCCAGACUCGUCGUCUCACCUGAGCCGAUCAUUCUAUGAUAAUCUCUCCUCGGCAAUCAUGGAAACACCGCCCAAACAGCGGGACCCCAACCCCUCAACCGUCCCCCGAUCUGUUCCAUCCUUUACCGUCAACCAACCCCAGGCUCCCUCCUCCCCCACUGCCAUGGAGACCCCAGUCAAGAUAGCGGCAGCUGUACCCAUGACACCGGAGCAAGCUCAGACCAGGUCAAUUUACGAACAGCUUGGCUGGGAUGACGAUGAGAUGGAGCUUUGA